GCAGCUUGCUCCCGAUGAUCCGAUCCUGAUUCAGCCAUAUUCCCAGCGAGCAGCCACACCGGCAGCCUCCUCUAACACCCAGAAACCGUCUGAAGACGCCCGCGGCGCGCCCUCCCGGUCUUAACGGUUGGUAUUGUUCGACCCGAGUCCGUCCCGGUUCCGUCCCGGUUCCCCCGGACAUGUUACCGAGCUGAGGGACCUGCGUGAGGACAUGGAUCCGCCGCGGACAGCCUGAGAGAGGCGACGGUCUGACCGACAUCCCGAAUCUGAGAGCAGAGUCCAGAUUGACCGGGAUCACGGACCGGGGAGGGCCCACGUACUGAACCGCUCCAGACACGACGGACUGACGGAAAGACGGAAACCGGCGGACACUCACCGACACACCGACGACCGGACUCUAUAAAAUGUCGGGAAUGUUCUCCAGGAGCUAACGAGCUAGCCGCAGCUAGCAGGCUGAGCUCGGCUCGGCUCGGCAGGACUCGGCAGGAGUCGGAGGCUGGGCGGCGGGGAGCUCUCGGACUGUGCGGCGGGGCUUGUGUCGUACUGUAGCCGGGGCGGAGGAGCUGUUCCCGGGCACGAUGUCGGCUCAGGACCGCCUGAAGAGACUGGAGGAGCUGCUGCUGGAGCAGAAGGAGGCGGGCUGCCUGAGUGUGGAGGCGCUGCUCGACCUGCUGCUCUGCUUCUGCGCAGAAGUGUCCCAGACCCCGCUCCGCAGGGACAAGCACGUCCAUGACUUCCUGGAUUGGGUGAAACCGUUCACCAGCACCGUGAAGAACAUGAGGCUCCACAGAGACGACUUUGAGAUGCUCAAGGUGAUUGGACGAGGAGCUUUUGGAGAGGUUGCCGUGGUGAAGAUGAAGCACACAGAGAGAGUGUAUGCGAUGAAGAUUCUCAAUAAGUGGGAGAUGUUAAAGAGAGCUGAGACGGCGUGUUUCAGAGAGGAGCGAGACGUCCUGGUGAAAGGAGACAGUCAGUGGAUCACAACUCUGCACUAUGCGUUCCAGGAUGAAAACUUCCUGUACCUGGUGAUGGAUUACUACGUGGGCGGCGACCUGCUGACUCUCCUCAGUAAGUUUGAGGAUCGUCUGCCGGAGGACAUGUCCAGGUUCUACGUCGCCGAGAUGGUGCUCGCCAUCCACUCCAUCCAUCAGCAGAACUACAUCCACAG